UUCAUGCAACAUUUACUAUCAUGUUUUGGAAUAUUGCAAACUGACGAAAGGAUGGUCCAUUCAACAAGAAAAGGGGUAGCAUGGCCCUUCGUGAUGUCUUGACAUGUGAUCCGAUAUCUAAAAUACCUGUUAUAGAUUAAAUACAUUUCUUGUCUUGCUAAAUUGUUCUUUCAGUGCAUGUACCCAUUUAGAAUUAUCAGACGCGUGUUUAUUUUGAGAACAUGAGAAACACAUGUUCGAAAUUAAGAUAUGAAAUAUGUUUACAAUUUGAUUAUUGAGUUUUAUAAUGGUUUUGAUUGCUAUAAUAAAAUCAAUUUGACAGACAUGGCUUUGGCUUUGUUAAUUAGCUUAAGUCAUGGUACCAGAACAUGUUAAUUGCGUGUCAUUAUGCUUAUUGUUUAACACUUAUUUGUAUCGCCAUUAUUGUUGCGUUAGUUUCUGUCUUAUAUUCAAGUCGCAGAAGUUGGAGUUAAGGACUCGGGUUUUCAAUUGUGUCAGGCGUAAUGGUCAAUAGUUGUCCGUAUAUGACAGAGCUUUAGAUCUAUGGAAGUAUAAAAGAUGUAGAUGUAGCAUUUUUUUUAGCAGCUACAGGAAAAUUUGUAGUAUUGGCGUACAUGUAUGUUUAUAAGGUCAAGUUUGGUGUCAACGUAAGCAAAAAGCAAGGAAAGAUUAAAAGAAAUGAGUUCAUUAGACGAAAAAAGAAUGAGCAAAGACAAAACAACUAUCAAUAAAGUGCCAGUAUAUUCAAUCGAAGGACUAUUAGGAUUCAAAGAAAAUGAAAGAUCAUCGAAAAGUGAAACAUGUCAAAGUGUGAUCAAAAAAGUUGGUUUGCCCGAUCCAAGCAAGCGUUCUACCUCGAGUGCGUCACCAGAAGUUGAAGAUUUAGACAAGAAUGAUUGCGUGGAAAAGCUUGCAAAGACUGAAGAAACGAGAGAAGAAUGCGAAGAAGAUGGAUUUUACAAAAAUGAUUUCAGUAAGUUCACUGACAACGGCAGCAUCACUCAACGAAAGCAGAGACGAUAUCGUACAACAUUUACAAGCUAUCAGUUGGAGGAACUUGAAAGGGCAUUCGCUAAAACACACUAUCCUGAUGUGUUUACACGCGAAGCUUUGGCUAUAAAAAUCGAUCUUACUGAAGCUCGAGUUCAGGUGUGGUUUCAGAAUAGGCGGGCAAAAUGGCGCAAGAGAGAAAAGUCACAAGGCCUACGUACGCAUGCGUCAAUAAAUAAUCUCGGCCCAAAAGAAAUGGUACCAAACAACGGACAGUUUUCGAUUCCUCAAACUACCUCCGAAGAAAACAUUUCUAAAUGGGUGCAUUUUUCGCACGGUCCUUUACAUCCUGCAAUGACAAUACCAUAUCCUAUUGCACCGACAAUGAUACCAACACACUUUCAUCGUGCAUUGUACUACAAUCAUUUUGAUUAUGUAGCUACAAAUUAUCCCCAGUCUUCUCCACCACAAAUUUCGUCCAACAUACCGCUACCACAGGAAUGUAGGAAUGAAAGUAUUGCUACGCUGAGAAGAAGAGCUCAGGAGCAAAAAUUAUGAUUUAGAAAUACUCGAUUUUUAUCUGUGGCUGUAUAUCUCUAUUUUACUUUUUCAUUUUUGUUAAACAUAUCACUUAAAAUGCCCCCUUUCCUUCUCAUAGAUAAAUUGAAAUUAAGUUAACUACACCAACGUUAAAAAAUUCAGUUUUUCGUUUUUGUGGGAAAAAACAGCGACCAUUCACUGACGAAAAAUUUAACAAUUGUUUUGGCCUGUCUCAACAACACCAUUAUGGAACAUUAACUAUUUCAGUAAUUUCACCAAAUUGUUUCAAAUUUACCAUUCACGGUUCGACAUAGUACGUAUUCAUCCUAUUUGGUAUUCACAUUCUGCAUAUUGUAAACUGACAAUUUUUAAAUAACCCUCCCACGACAAAGAAAGGAGAAUUAUCUUUCCAAAGAUGAAGGAUUCCUUGGUCUAUCGGCCUCAUCUUGUUUGGGAGGGCACAGCACCAAUUUUCCCGAUUGCUAUGUGUUCAUAGUACGUACAUAGAAUAUAAAUGAAAUAUAGGUAUGUUUGAAAAUUUGUACAAAGAAGUACUGUUACAUAGAGAAAAUAUAAAAAACAAUGUUUUCAGUGUACAAGAGCAACAUGAAAUGAUCUUAUAAUAAAGUUUUAGUAUAGCUAACAGCUUUCAAAAAAAUGUAGCUUAACUUGAAAUCAAAGAAAGUGUGUCCAUAUCAUCCA